UUUAUCAAAUGCUGAUGGGUCAUGAAAAAUCGGAUCUACAGUUGGUUAGAAGAAAAAAAUGAAGGAAAAAUCAUGGCGUUGCACUCUUAUCGCGCAGCUCUCCCUCUGCGCCGCUGCUUACAUAGCUCUGAAUAUAGGGCAGCCCCAAAACCAGAACCAGAAGCUCACCCAUGGCAGAAGAAGCUCUUCUCAUAUCUACUUCAUAACUGUUAAUGGCGGCUCUACUUCACUUCAACAACAAACCCUUUUGCUCCAACAGAUGGUGAAGGUGAAGAGGAUCUGCGAUAUUCGAUUCGUAAUCGACAUUAGUGAACUAGGCGAAUCGGAGCCACUUCUGCAGAAUGCGACAAUGUUUCCUGAGUUGCUAAACAUGCCCUGGUACACUUGUGGGAAUUUAAGACGACAAGGCGAAACAUAUUCCGUAACGAAAAUAGAAAUUCCACACGGACGAACUCUUGAUAUUAUUGCAUUGGACACUGUCUUAUUCCAGGAUCCAUCAAGUGCACGUGGAAACGAUCAGAUUCUGUGGUUGAGGAAAACCCUAAACGAAAGCGAUAGUGACUGGAAAAUUGUUGUUGGAUUCGACCCGUUGAUCUCUUUCGAGUCUUUACACAGCACAUUACUGCAUUAUGGAGCGGAUGCAUAUAUGAGCACAAAAACUUGUGAUGCCGAAGCUCAAGGUCUAUAUAUUACUGCCUUUAAUCACAAUUCAAUUUCUAAAGUAGAAACGGUUAAUGGGUUUCUUCUCCAUCGAGUCAGCUCACUGGAAAUGGUCACAUUUGCUGUCAAGUUGACGGGAGAAGUUGAACGCAAGUUAUCGUUUCGGCAAAGGGGUAGGUCGUCGAUUUAGUCUUCAAAGGGGCCUAAUUUUUCAUCAAUUUUGCUUUUUUAUUUUUUUGUAGUUAAGAGGUGAUUUUGAUUUGGACAGGCAAAUUAUUAUCAUUCAGCUCAAUUUUGUCAUUUAACUUGUUGAGAAUUUUCUUAGCUGAUUUUCAACUGUGAAUAAUUGACUCAUCUUCCACUAUAAUUGUUUCGAUUUGUACGCAAUUUUUGUUCAUACUUCAUUCA